AUGUGCGGCGCAAUAGUAUCUUCUUCGCACUACAAACCACAUCCUCCCUCAAGGUCACGUGUUCAAACCACACUCAAGUCAUUUGCUCACACACUCCGAACUUCAUCGACCAUCGCUCUUGGAUAUGUGGGGGCGGUGGUGCAAACUAAAUUUCGAAUGGAUGCAUCGACCUUGAUGAAGAUACUCUCGCGAGAAAACAGUCAACACUCUUCUCGGCUUAGAAGAAAGAGAAUGUGGACUCAAUCAAAACUCAAACAAGUGCUACUCAUUCCCAAUUCCCCGAUAAACCCAACAGACGCGAUAUCCUACCCGACGGUAGAAGGAGCAUUCGCCGGUGACCAGAUUCGGGUAGCAUUCCGCUCCUUGAUGAUCAUGACCAGCCCAUUCCGAGCAGGUCUGGCACCGGUCCUCAUCGCUUGA